CUCGCCGACGGGCAGGGUUAUCAGGAAAAUUAGUCUUUCUACUCGGAGUGAUUUGGAAUCGGAGGAGGAUCCGAACCUCUCCCCGACAAAGACGUCUCCCUGGGUCUCCAAGAGCGAGCAGUCUGACUGGGAGUCGUCCCAGGACGACGAGCUGGAGUCGGCGUCUCUUCAACCGCGAGGCGAGGACAUAUUUGUGUCCGUCCCUACGGUACUCCACAGCAUGGCCACUGCAGACAAGCAGCAGGCGUACAAGAUGAAGGCUAACGGUAAACACUACUCUCCCAGGAAUCCGAGGAAAAAUGUAACGGCGGUCUCCGAUUGGAAGCUGUCCCGCUCGCCCAAACGGAGGACGGAGCAUGCGAAGCUAAGACACGACUUGAGUUUAGACGGCCACGCGGGACGGAGAGGAAAAGUGAGUCACGAGUCCGACAGACCUCUGAAGCACGGCAACGGGGCCCGAACAUCUCCCAAGAUGACCUCCAGAGAGCCCCUGACCAGUCAAAGCUGCCUGGACCUCACUUCCAGGGGCCGACCUCACUCUCGACUCAGCCAGUCGUCCGACGAACACACCCCCCACGGGGACAACGGGCGAGCGCCGUCCCCGACGGACAGCCUCGACUCCAGCUAUACUUUCAUCGUCGGCCCGCCUCACGACUACAGCGUGAACAGAGCCUCUUUGAACCUCAACUGCCAUUUAUCGAAGUCCGCGGUGGACUUGACGCACAAGACUCGCCCGAUGAUCGGCGGAGGGGCGAACGAGCCCCUCGGGGAGUGGACCGCGACGGGCGACGACUUCGACUCCACGUCGAGCUCGAUGUCCCCGACCCUCAGUCGAAGGCCAAGGCUCUCCGACAUCUGGCAGGCGCCAACGUACCCUACGCAUCGAAGUCACAACACGAUGCACCGGCCACACGCAAACAGGACAGUGGCCGGCUCGAAACAACCCCCGGUGGCCAGGUGUUUAUCCAUGUCCGUCAUUGACGGAUCGAGCCGACGAGAGGCAGAGAAAGGAGAGGCGAGCCGGCCCUGGUGGAGCUGGAGGAAGAGGGAGACUCGUCCCUGACGGUAUUCAACCCCAGAGGAGUCCGUCUGAUCCGGCAGUUCGGGAAGCAGGGUUCGGGUCGAGCCGACCUCACGCUGCCGAGUGGUAUCCACGCCACGCCGCAGGGCCUGCUCUACAUCGUGGACUGUGGAAACGCACGCGUUCAGGUGACUGACCUUCGGGGCAACGUCCUCCAGCAAGUGACCUCCCCGACUUCUGACGGCUCUGCGAGGAGAUGUCGCAACUACUUUGACAUUGCGGUCAACGCGAAAGGUUUGAUUGCCAUGAGCUGCGCAGCGGAGCGGGCCCUGCUCAUCUUCAGCCGGCACGGCCGCCUGCUCCAGACCUUUGGCGGUUCGGGGUCGGGCUCUGCCAAAGAGGAGCUCGAGGCUCCCAGGGGCGUGACCGCAACCAGACUGGAUGAGUUCCUGGUCGCCGAUAUCCGGAAAGGUAUCCUCAUCGCCCUGAAGCUAGACCCUAAAACGGGCUCCCGUCUCGAGCGCACAGUGGUGACCGGAUUCCACCGGCCUUACUUGGUGGCGGCUUGCUCGAGCUCGGGCAUGGUGGCCGUGUCCGAGAGGGGCAACGAGACGGGCCGCGUGCCUUGCAUCAAAGUGCUGGAGCCGGGCUGGAACACGGUGAGGGUUCUCGGUAUAUGUGCCGGUAUGGGACCCGUCCUCUCCUGCCCUUGGGGCAUCUGUAUCGACACAGAUGGUAACGUGCUGGUAGCGGACUGGGCCGAGCAGCACAGAGUCCUGUUGUACCCGGCACAGGGAGUGGGGCGGCCCAUAGUGACCCAGGGCUUGAGUAGUCCACGCGGACUGGCCCUUCUACCCGAGGGCCAACUCGCCGUGUCCGACAGCAUGCACCAUUGCAUCAAGAUCUAUUCGUACAAAGUGACCCGCGGCUAGAGAGCACGAGUCGAUGCUUGAAACUAGCAACGCACAACUUUGGUGAGGUAGCCAAUCCAACCUGAGAUGUCUGUUUUUAUUACCUUGGCAUUGAAAAUGCGUACGGUUAUGUUUUGAUCGCCAUUUAUUUAUUUAUUUGUAUGUGUGUUAUUCGCGUAACAAAAAAAGUUGUAAACCGAAUCGCAUGAAAUUUCGUGGGAUAAUUGGUUAUUAUCCGGGGACCAUUUGAUUAGAUUUUGGGAUUGAUUGGGUCAAAGGUCAAGGUCAAGGUCAUGAAAAAGGUAAACAUCUUGAAUCGCAUGAAAUUCGGUGGGAUGAUUGGUUAUUAUCCGGGGACCAUUUGAUUAGACUUUGGGAUCGAUCGGGUCAAAGGUCAAGGUCAAGGUCAUGAAAAGGUCAAAAUCUUCUUUUUACCAUAGCACGGUCAAUUUCUAUCCAAUUGGCAUGCAACUAAUGCCAACAUGUUCAUAAUUCAAUGCCCAAUCUUGUGAUAUGCGAAGGUAUGCGCUCUACCGAGUGCCCAUUCUAGUUCCUAAUAGUUUGGGUAAUUUUACUUACCUUACUUACCUGCUUAACUACAAUCAGAUAAAGUAAACUUCUGCGUUUGGACUUACAAUUUGAUUCAGUUUAUUUUGUGUAGCCCAGAAUAAUAAAAAAAAGGGCUUUACUAUCUGUACACAUACGACAUCCCUGACCUUUGACCUCACAUCGGAUCAGGAGAAACUAAAAAACAAACGGGGGGGAAAGGGAAAAAACCUUCAGGAGAGCAACAGAGGAGGACCCCUCUCUCAUGUGUGCAGAUGAAGAGCGUUACAAUAUAAUUUUAUUAUUUGUGUGGUAGAAGUCUGUAAGCAGAAGACUAUCCGUUCAAAAGAUGUCGAUAAACAAGAUAAAGACUAGUAGUUUGGUUUAGUUGUUCUCCUCCUCGACUGUUCUGGGUCCAAGAGAUUAACAAAUGUAUUUCAGAAAUCGGUUUAUUGAUUAGAGAUUGAUCAUGUAUAAUGUCUCUGUGUGCUGUCUUUUUUUAUUAUUCUGCUAACCUGAGAUUAGGCCCAGUGCUGAUAAAUCAACACAAGUGUGUGGAUUCAAUACAUUCAACAAAAUCCAAGACGCAUCUAUAAAAACAGUAUUUUCCUCCCCAGUGUGGCGUUUAUAUCUCGACGUGUUCAUGAAAUCAUUAUUUUAACGUUUCGAUGGACUCGUGUCACGAUUUGCGUCGGUAAUUUCAGCCAAUUCGACAAUUCUUCACACCGCCACUGAUCGCUGGCUUCUCCCAGUCCUCCAGCUCCCUGGAACGUAUCCACCAAAUUCGGAUGUUAACAAUAAAAAAAAUUCAAAAGAU